GGAGGCAUUGGAGCGGGGCCAGAGUUAAGCUCCAUUCUAAUUUUUAGCUUGCUCAUUCAUCCGACCAAAACCAUCUCUUUUUUCCCCUGUUUCUAUUCUAGCCUCCCUGUUCUCUCUGCCUCAACUGUUUUGUUUUCUCUCUUUCCAUGCUCCUUGACAAAAUGCGGGCUGACAUAUCUUCUUGGAUGUGCUUUCUGUUCACGUUAGCCGUGAUACUCGCCGCGGUUUCUCCGUCGUCGUCGACAGUGAGCUUCUUAACUACUAAUGUUCUCCAUUGGGAGAUGACGCGGCUUCCUAACAUGGAUCAACUCAGAGCUCAGGACCGAGCCACGCAUGCCCGUCUGUUUAGCGGUGUCCCCAACUUAUAUGUCUUCGGAUCCGCCGUUCCCGACCUCUACGGGAUUUACUUCACGAAAGUCAAGCUGGGCUCUCCUCCUCAAGAGUUCAGCUUGCAGAUAGAUACGGGCAGUGAUCUGCUUUGGGUCAACGCCAAAUCUUGUGCUAACUGCCCACGCUCCAGCAGUUUCACGUGUAUCUCAAGUAUUUCCUGUAUCGAGCUUUAAUUUUGCCAACCACGCUUCUCUCAUAUUAAAACCAACUGGCCACCUUCAUCGAUCCUUUGUAAGUUGAUAUCGUUCUAACUUUGGCUUUCUGAUUCUUUUGUCUUAAAUUCAUGAAAUUCACUUGUGUUCUACUUCAUUGUAGAUGGAUUGGUGAAGAAGCCAGGAGUGACUAUCUUAGGAGGUUAUAUAUAUAAUUUUGUUAAAAAAAGCUCGAAUGUCGUCCUUCAAUAGAUGUCUUGCAAAACACCAAACUAAUUGGCUGAUUAAGAAUGUUCUAACUUUGAUUGUCGUGUCUUGUUCUAAUGUCCUGAUCUUGUUCUAAAAGACAAGAUUUUCGUGUACGAUUCGAUCCAUCACUAGAUUGGAUGGACCAACUACAAGGGUAAGUUCAAUAAAACCGUCAUACAUGUAUCUUGACUUCCUUCGCUUGUUCCUUUUUGUUUCAACUAGUAUCGUUGAUUGGCUACUUGCUUCUCUCCUCAUCCAGGCUUGAAGGAACCAAAUGUCUCUGUUCCUAAACAGCCAAGCUAAAGUUGUUCUACUGACAUGCUGUUGAUGUUGCUGCCUCUAGCAAUAUGCACCAUUCUCUUCUUACAAAUAUCACCGGUGAUUGAGAUCAAGACAAUGUAACUUAUUGUUCAUUAUGAGGGAGAUUGGUAUUUUAGGUAUCUUAUCCAUGUAGCAUCUAUACAUUCUCUGAACGAGAUUAUCAUUGAUUUAUUCCUCUUCGUUACCCUUAUUCGUGGCCUUGUUAUGGUGUGAGCUACUAAUGAGACAGGAGUGUGCCAUUUGGCAGGGUGUGAUAGUAGUACAAAUAAAACAUUACCUUGUUUAUGAUUUAGAUUAGAAAAGAAUGUCAUUUCUGAUUUCUGAUUUUUCACUUUGAAAUAAACAGGACUAUAUGAC